AUGCGUAGAGUAGAUUUAUCCUCGGUGGAAUGGGUUCUGGUUUUGCCAAUGAAUCAGUUGUAUAAGACGGAGGUGUAUGGCAGAGCUGAACGUGUAGAAAAAGGUGGCCGGGGCCGGGAGGAAAACAUCCAGACGAACGAGCAGCUCCGCUUCGUGAGGGCCAAAGUGGAGGAGAGCUACGAGACGGCCAGGCACGCGCUCAUCAACCUGCAGAACAAGUAUGCAGAGAGCAAGAACGUCAAGAAUGUGUUCCACAGGUAUUCCUUGCUCAAGGCGAUGAUCAAGGAAGUGGUACGCCUGGACGCCCAAUACUGGGCGCUGAUGGACAUCCCCCGCCAGGAGAAGCAAGAGGCGGUGAGCGCCUACGUGCUCCGGGCGUGCGCCACCUUGCAGACCCUGACCAAGGCGGGUGAAGGAUUCAAGACCUCGGCCAAGGUGGCGGAGGAGGAGGAACGGCGACGGGAGCUUCAGGCCAGGCUCGACGUGAUGACGACGGGCGAGAUCGACAAUGAGAACAGCCAGCUCAUCAACGACCUAUACCGCCUUCUCAAGAAGUAUUCCAGCCUCAGACUCGUCAUCCGGGGCCUCAAGGAGGAGUACUUCGACAGCCGAUUCUACCCGAUCUUUCCCCGGUACAUCCUCCUGAAGGACAUGAUCAAAGACGUCAUCCAUGCGCCGGCGUUCAUGGAGGUUUGCCACGAGGUCGAGAGCUAGUGCAAAAAAAAAAAGAAAGGAUUUGCGCCGAUUCUGUGCUUGUCAAUGUGGAAUCAAAAGUCGCGCGGCUCAGCGUGCAGAAACGGGAAACGGUGAUAUUGGCGAGACUGAAGAGUGGAAAAAAAAAACACGAAAUACUGCGAGAAAUAGGAAUUUGCACUUUGGCAAAAAUAUCGGCGAGGAACCCAACCUAGGUGGAACGGAAUUCGCAAAGUCUGAAAUAUGCAAGAAUGAUUGCAGGGUGCUGGAAUACGUGUCGCUGUUGUUGUUGUUCCCAAACGGACGAGUGCAAAUUUUAGUUCCCAAUUUUUUUUUUGCUGCAACGACAACGGCUCUCCAAGUGCCCAGGUUUCCUCAACGAAUUGCAAAUUUCUCCCUUUUUUUGCCCACAUUAAAAAAAAAACCCUUUUUGUUGUUUCCCAGCGGACACGAAAUGGGUUCAUCUGUGAUACACUUCAUUUUCUCUGUGGAUUCUUCCUUUCUAGGUGUUCCGAUUGAGUGCUUGCUCUCAUUGUGCAGAUUCCCUCUGGUCCUCGAUCGUGCAAAAUCCUUCUGGUCCUUGAUCGUGCAAUAUCCUUUGGUCCUCGAUCGUGCAAAAUCCUUCUGGUCCUUGAUCGUGCAAUAUCCUUUGGUCCUCGAUCGUGCAAAAUCC